AUGAGGGAAAAAGCAACACAGACGGGAUGUCACAGCAUAAACACAAAAAUCUCCUUGAGAGCAGAAAAACAAAACUUUUUCGCACAGAAACUGCACUCUGGGCCAGCUGACCUGCAGGCCUCAAAUAAAAAUGGCGACGAUGACUUGGAUGAUGACAAAUUGGGACCUGAUGCGACCGUAACCACCAAUGCUGAAAAGCUCACCACGAGCUACCUCACUUUUGCGUUUGAUGCCCUUUCACAAAAGUUUAUCACCUCGUGGCAGCACUCCAUGGACUCCCUGCACGAGGAUGUGCAGGAGCUUGGCCAACGCACCUCCCAGACGGAAUAA